AUGGCUUCAAUCUGGAAUUGUCAGUCAUCCAAGGUGGAGGAGAUCAAAGGCUCCUUUGCUGAAGUUUCCAUGUUGGCAGCCACAUCGCUGAGACUGCAGUGGUGCAGCAAAAGAGGGUCAAGGACUUGCCCACUGAGUUCCUUGGAUAAAGCCAAGAAGAUGAUGUGGUCCUGUCCCAGUUUUGUCAAAGGGACUUUAGAUUCUGCAGAACAUGCACUGCCAAGUACACAUGUUUUGCCAGCCCUGAGCACAAGAUAUUCCAAGUCUGAGCCAUUUUUUUUCUGUGGAGAGUUAAGCCACUACUCUGAUGAUGGCUGGGUUGCAUAUUGGGAUCUAUACACCUUUUAUGUAUUUGAGAGCUUGAAGAAUCUGAGACACUAUCACAGAUUGAAUUGUGCCAAGAAGAAGGGCAAAGAUGUCUCCCAGAGUGAGAGUUCAAAGAAGUCACAGGCAUCCCCAAGAGACAUGGACAACAACAAAGAAAAAGGUAUAGAGGAGCCAGACCAACCCUCACCAAGCUUGCUCAGAGAGAACGGACUGGAACUUGAGACCUAUGAUGGUGGAGACUGCCCUGACCAGGAUCCUGCUUCUGACAGUCCCACAUGCCCAGGAUGCUGGGCAUGGCUUCAAAGGGCUCUUGGCGAGAAGAAGGAGGAGGAGGAGCCGUGUCCCGCCCCAACAAGUGUGGACAAGCAGACAGGGGGACUAUGGACUUGCCCAGGACUGCAAGACUCGCCUAAAACUCGGGGCGUGCGAGUGAACCAGGCGGGGUCGUCCUGCGAUUUCCCUGUUGGUCAAGUGUACUCUUGGGCCUUGGGCAGGAGGCAUCCGAGGACAAGCCAACGAGAUGGAGAAGACAAGCUGAGACAGAAAGGACUUGGAGCCCUGGUGUGUGCGGAUCCUGAAAACCUUAGGAGAACAGAAGCAGCUGCGAUGGAGAUUCGUGUUUGCAUCGAGUUUGCUGUUUUCCAGGAGUGGUGUGGGCGCGGGGUCGCCAGUCUUGGUAUACUUCCCAGUCUGAAAACGUCCUUAAAGGAUGGUAGACGCCAUGAAGAAACGUCGGGAGGCUGA